AGACAACUUAGAGCUUCAACUCGAUCUCCCCCUUGAUACCAAGUCAAGGACUCAAGAACCGUAGAGAUGGACAAGAUAUUGCGAGUCGCCUCAGAGAAUGGAGUGGUGAUCUUUAGCAAGACUACAUGUUGUUUAAGCUAUGCUGUCAAUGUUCUUUUUCAUGAACUUAGGGUAGACCCUGUGGUUUAUGAAAUUGAUCAAGAUCCCGAGGGUAGGGAAAUGGAGAAGGCUCUAUUGAGGAUGCGAUGCAAUAGUCCAGCGGUGCCAGCAGUGUUUAUAAGUGGAAAGCUUGUAGGUUCCACCAACGAAGUCAUGUCCCUCCACCUAAGUGGCUCUCUCAUUCCUCUGUUGAAGCCAUAUCAGUCACAAGUCUACCACAGCUCUUAAACUCUGUUUAGAUCAAAAAUAAGCUUUGCUCGGCACUUAUAAGAGCUCACUAUUAAGAAGUUGCCUUUGUACCUUGUGUCUGCAUGUGUUAAUUAUGCGAGUAGCGUAUUUGCCUAGUGAAGAAACAGAAACAGGAGAUUGUAUUGUUUCUUAUUUUAUUCCAUGUCAAAAUAUUGUGUAGUCCAUUUGAAUUCCUUAAUCAAUUAAGCUUUAUAUACAA